AUAGAUAUGAAGUAGGCAAGUCAAUAAAUAUGAGACGAAUAUGAUUUCUAAUCCACCACAAACCCACCAUCCAUGACGGGUAUGACUUUUAAUAUCCAUACCAAUAUUCUACUUUCCAAAAUCAUACCCAUACCACUCCAAUUAAAACGAGUAUAGUAUAAAUUCCGCAAUAAUAUACCCACGUGUGAUCCGUAAUCCGUAAUUAAAUAAAAAAAAAAAAAAGUUGCUUAAUAGCGUAAAGAAAGCAGUUAACCGCCAAAAUCCGGUGGCAGUAAACUUGGUAGAAGGUUUAAAGAGUAGAGCCCACUAAACAACAGUAGGUGUCACCUGCUCAUACGGAGUCAAUGUCUUUGUCCCCUCACGGCGCUGGGUUGGAUCUUCGUUGCCUUCUCUCAACACUAAUUUAUCUCCACUUUUUCUUUUUACAUAAAUCAAACUUUUCGUUUUUUAUUUUUAGCAAAUCCACCCAAAAAAAAAAAAAAAAAGAGGUUGCUGCUUUCAACAAAUUGAACAUGGCACGAACAAAUGUGCCAAAGUUUGGAAAUUGGGAGACUGAAGAAGAUGUCCCUUACACAACCUAUUUUGAAAAUGCAAGGAGGGUUACAUCAAAUGAUAAGGGAAACCCUAAUAACUCUCCUGAUAAUCCUAAUGUGGUCUCUAAAUUUGAGGCACGAAGAGGAUCAGACACUGUGAGAGCAAAGCAGGAGCACAUGGUAAGCCAAGAGGACAGUGAGCCACAAAGGUCAUAUGAUUCCCCAUCACGCUGUAAUGGAGGGCGUAAAGCUUCAGUCAAUUCAACCCAUCAUCGACCUGCUGGAGUAAGCAGUGAUUCGCCCAAAAGGGCUACAAGGGCAAAUGGAGGAGGUAUGCGCAGUGCCAACCAGUCUCCUAUGCAUCCACAUUACCAGGCAAGUAUUGGUACCAAAGGAAAUGCGGUUUCUUCUCCUUCACGGGAAAAGAAAGGUCUGUCUGAUGGAAGUCAUGGUUUGGCUCCUUCCACUCCUGGAAGAUCCCGUCUGAGAUCUGUUGCUCGAGGCAAUGAAACUCCUGAUCGAGGUGCUUCUGUUCCUAAAUUUGGGGAAUGGGAUGAGACCGACCCUUCAUCAGCCGAUGGGUUCUCAGUCAUUUUCAACAAAGUGAAAGAGGAGAGGCAUGGCAGCGUAGGGAGUGUGACUGGUACAGCAGUUCACGCUCAAAAAUCUGAUGGCAAGCACUAUAAAAGUAAAAAAAAUAAGGGGUGCGGGUGCCUUCCUUGGUGAUGAAACUGAUCCAUACUGCUUGCUUAUUAUGUAAUCGUUGUGAAAAUAUAUGUGAGGUACCUUGGAGGCGUCUGUGUGUUGUAUAUCAUGUAAUUUUCUUUCAUUGUAUUCUUUCCCCUGUGAAUUCUAUCAUCAGUAUUAAUAUCAGUGGCUAAGGUAAAAGCAAAUUCUUUUAUGUCUUCACUUA